AUGGUACAAGAGAGGGUUGCAUCAAAGCAGCAGGCCAGAAGAUUCGAAUCCAUAACUUUUUGUCUUACCAGCUCAAUACAAAGUGUCCAGCGAUACCACGGCCACCACAGCCACAGCCACAGCCACAAAAUCAUGUGGGCCGCCUCAACCCGAUCAUCCACAGCAUGGCCCUUCAAUAUAGAAUCCACCAGCAGCAGCAGCAACAGGCGGCCGGAGAGGAGUUUUAUCGUCACCUUCUCGGCCAAACCUCGACGGAAAUCGCAACCCCAGAAAGAUGAGUCCAUCCAAGACAUGGGUAAUUUGGGGCACGCCGUAGCCGUCGCCGCCGCCUUUGCCCUCAAAUCAAAUCCUCAGAACAAUACCACCUCAGUCAAUACCUUCAAUUCAAGACCAAAGCCACAACAACAAAAACAACUACAAUCACUGGUUGAACAAGGAGAGCUGAGUGGUUCUGAUGUGCUGUGGGCAUUACAGAAAGCCACUGCUCAAAAGAACAUGAAAAAGAAAAGGGGCUUUUCCUCAGCAUCUCUGUCCGCGUCCACUCGAAGUCGAAGCAGAGGUCGCAACAGUGCAAAAGACCAAGAGAAUGAAGAUAGUUUGGAUCAUGGCAAUGUUAGACCCUUGUGCCUUAAGAGUGACUGGAGCUCUCGAUUGCAUGAGCUGGAUAGGCGUCUUCAGGAGCUCAUAGAUACUUGAGAAAAGUUCUAGCAGUAACUUCGUCCAUUCUGUGCUCCCUUUUUUUGGUCAUAACUUUCUUCUGGAUGUUGCAUCGUAGGUACACAAAUUUUUAUAUGCUAUAGCAAUUGUUCCAACUCUAUGAAUCUUUUUGUUAUGUUGGGCUUCUAAUUGCUCAUUCAUUUCAAUGGGAGCCAUUGAUACUUGUGGCAUUUUCACUGACUGUUACUUCGAAUUUCAUGGUGCCUGCCUGUGUUCUGAAAGGGCUUGAUUUGCAAAUUUUACUAGGUAAAUAGAACGGUAGAAUGUGAAUAGUUUUUAAAGGUAUAUUAGUAGUUAUCGGA